AGAAUUAGAAGCAUACCUUAAAUGGGUGGGGGUCGGGACAUUGGAGUGUCAUUUCCCAAACAGCGCGGUAGGUAACAAGGUCCUCGCUCUCCGUCUGGUCAUCGGCAACCCAGAUCCACUCGAUUUUCGAUUGGGCCCUACCAAACCUCUCUCUCUCUCUCUCUCUAAAUCUUUAGUUUAUUCUGCUUUUCGUUCCCAAAUUGCGAGAGUCGAAGGCCAAUUCUUCCAAGAGUCGGGGUAGUGGGAGAGAGCGCGCGAUAUACUGAUUGCUUAUUUGGGCAAAAGGAGUUGUGGUCUGUCGAUCUCAAAUCUUGCCGGAGAGGGAUGGGUGGCGACGGCAAGGUCUACACUUUGGCUGAUGUCUCCGAGCAUAACAGCCCGCAGGAUUGUUGGCUCGUCAUCGAUGGCAAGGUAUAUGAUGUUACGAAGUUCUUGGAGGACCAUCCAGGUGGUGACGAGGUUUUGUUAUCAGCAACAGGUAAGGAUGCAACUGAUGAUUUCGAGGAUGUUGGGCAUAGUACCAGUGCAAGAUCUAUGAUGGAUGAAUACUAUGUAGGCGACAUCGAUACAUCUACAGUCCCCACCAAGAAUCAAUAUGUUCCUCCCAAGCAGCCUGUCUACAAUCAAGACAAGACAUCAGAGUUCAUCAUCAAGCUCCUCCAAUUCCUAGUACCCCUCCUAAUCUUAGGCUUGGCUGUUGGUGUUCGCUUCUAUACCAAAUCAGCUUGAGAAUGGAGAGAGGACAAGGGAAUUGGAAAGAUAUAAUUCUACAAUAAGUUAAUUGUAGCAGUCAAUGGUCCCCUCUUCUUGUUUGUGUUUGAGACUGCCAUUAUUCUUCGGUGCAAGUAAGUUGAACUCUACCCCCAAUUCACUCCACCCCACCUUUUUUUUUUUUUUUAAAAUUGAACUCUGGGAUUGUCUUGCUUGAUUUGCCUUUAGUAGAAACUAAACUUGCGCUUAUACUCGUCAUUUGGUUUGGCAAUUUUAUGAACACUGGUUAUGCUUUUUGUGAACAACCCUAUUUUGCUUAUGCAAGUGCAUUAAGGAGUCCAGAAGCUGUUUUGCUGGCA